UAACUCGUCACAACCACCUGAAGGACUUCAUGCUGGUGGUGUCCAUCGUCAUCGGAGUGGGCGGCUGCUGGUUUGCCUACAUCCAGAAUCGCUAUUCAAAGGAGCACAUGAAGAAGAUGAUGAAAGACCUCGAGGGACUCCACAGAGCUGAACAGUCUCUCCAUGACCUUCAAGAAAGGCUGCAGAAGGCUCAGGAGGAGCACCGCUCUGUGGAGGUGGAAAAGGUGCACCUGGAGAAGAAACUGCAAGACGAGAUCAGCAUCGCCAAGCAGGAGGCACACCGGCUCCGAGAACUGCGGGAGGGCACGGAGAAUGAGCUGAGCCGGCAGAAAUACGCUGAGCAAGAACUGGAGCAGGUGCGGAUGGCACUCAAGAACGCCGAGAAGGAGCUGGAGUCCCACUGCAGCUGGGCUGCGCCCGAGGCCCUGCAGAAGUGGCUCCAGCUGACCCACGAGGUGGAGGUCCAGUACUACAACAUCAAGAAACAGAACGCGGAGAAGCAGCUGCUGGUGGCCAAGGAAGGGGCUGAAAAAAUUAAAAAGAAGCGAAACACCCUGUUUGGAACAUUUCACGUUGCUCACAGCUCAUCUCUAGAUGACGUUGAUCAUAAAAUCUUAACUGCAAAGCAAGCGCUGAGCGAAGUGACGGCUGCGCUGCGGGAGCGCCUGCAUCGCUGGCAGCAGAUAGAGCUGCUCUGCGGCUUCCAGAUCGUCAACAACCCGGGCAUCCACAGCCUGGCAUCGGCCCUUAACAUUGACCCCAGCUGGAUGGGCACCCCGCGGCCUAACCCCUCGCACUUCAUCAUGACUGAUGACGUGGACGAUUUGGACGAAGAGAUCGUGUCUCCCAUGUCCAUCCAAUCAUUUACAAAAAAAAGAAUUACCCAAAGGCAUGGGCUAGACGCAGAAAAGUGA